GGCCGCCAGGCGUCUGCCCUUGCUAAUUACCGGAGCAACCGACCUGGGAGCUCCGCCCGGGGUUUGCCUGCCCGCAGCGGCGCCAGGCUCCGGUUUCUCCCCUAUCUAUCUCGCUGCUGUCCAGGUGCACCGGCUGUCCCUCCACAGAAGAUGGACAUGAUGGACGGCUGCCAGUUCUCGCCUUCUGAGUACUUCUACGACGGCUCCUGCAUCCCGUCCCCUGAGGGCGAGUUCGGGGACGAGUUUGAGCCGCGAGUGGCUGCCUUCGGGGCGCACAAAGCAGACUUGCAAGGCUCAGACGAGGAUGAGCACGUGAGAGCACCUAUGGGCCACCACCAGGCCGGCCACUGCCUCAUGUGGGCCUGCAAAGCAUGCAAGAGGAAGUCCACCACCAUGGAUCGGCGGAAGGCGGCCACCAUGCGCGAGCGAAGACGCCUGAAGAAGGUCAACCAGGCUUUCGAGACGCUCAAGAGAUGCACCACGACCAACCCCAACCAGAGGCUGCCCAAGGUGGAGAUCCUCAGGAAUGCCAUCCGCUACAUUGAGAGCCUGCAGGAGCUGUUGAGGGAGCAGGUGGAAAACUAUUACAGCCUGCCGGGGCAGAGCUGCUCCGAGCCCACGAGCCCCACCUCCAGCUGCUCUGAUGGCAUGCCCGAAUGUAACAGCCCUAUCUGGUCCAGAAAGAGCAGCAGUUUUGACAGCGUCUACUGUCCUGAUGUACCAAAUGUAUAUGCCACAGAUAAAAGCUCCUUAUCCAGCUUGGAUUGCUUAUCCAGCAUAGUGGAUCGGAUCACCAACUCAGAGCAACCUGGAUUGCCUCUCCAGGACCCGGCCUCUCUCUCCCCAGUUGCCAGCACCGAUUCUCAGCCUGCAACUCCAGGGGCUUCUAGUUCCAGGCUCAUCUAUCAUGUGCUAUGAACUAAAAAUCUAGCCUAGAUGAGUUCCACCAGGAGGGCCUAUGACACAGGAGGAAGAAGGCCGCAAGAGUCCAAAAGCAAGACAACCUGUACAUAAGCAUUUCCUCUCAAUUGUAAAUUUGUAAAUAUUAUCUUGCCACUUUAUAAGAAAGUGUAUUUAACUAAAAAGUCACUAUUGCAAUUAAUACUUUAUUUCUUUUCUUCUUUGUUUCUUUUGUCUUUGCUUUAGAUAUGUAGUCCCAAUAGUAUUUCUUAUAGGGGGCAAUUCAUCACAGGUAGCUUGUUGCAAUACUUAACUUAUAUUUUUUAUAAAUAUUGCUUAUCAAAAUAUUAUCUCUGAUGUUUAAAUCCUUAUAUUUUCUCUAAAACAUUAGAACAGCUGGAAAUCAGUUAUAGGGAGUUUAAAUACAGUUAAUGUUUGCUUUUCUCUUUAAUCCUUUGGUUAUAUUGUGUUAAAUAAAACUAUAACAAUACUGCCUAAUGGUAUAUAUUUUGAUUUUUUCCUAUAAAAAUGCAUCUUUUUAAUGUAAGCACAAAAUAGUACUUUGUGGAUGAUUUCAAGAUACAAGAGAUUUUGGAAAUUCCGCCAUAAAUAAAAUUGUUUCAAUGA